AUGGAGGAGUUUAGAAGUUUUGUGAAUAGUAUGGAGUUGAUCGAUUUAAAUUGCGUUGGAGGUAAAUUCACAUGGUUUAAAGAUAACGGUAAAGCUUUUAGUAGGAUAGAUAGAUUUCUUCUUUCUAAAAAGCUAAUUGAGGAUUGGGAGGUUUGUGACCAAAGGAUUGACAAAAGAGACUUUUCGGACCACGCUCCUAUUCGGUUUCAAGGUUUUUGUGGAGAUGGAAUGGAAGAAGUUGUUUGUAACGGGAAGGGUGAUUUUGUGCUCUAUGAGAAAUUGAAGAGUUUUAAAGAGAAUCUCAAAGGGUGGAAUAGGGAGAUUUUUGGGUGGGUUGACCUUAAGAUGGAGGAGGCAAGGGAUAGCAUAAACAUGUGGGAUAAGGUGUUAGAGGAGAAGAUGGGAGGUGAUAACGAAGUGAGAGACAAAGACGUAACGCUAUUACUUCGUUGGAAGGAGAGGAGGGUAGAGUCGAAGGAGUUACAAACAUCAAAGAGGAGAUUCAUGGUUGACUUUGAUAGACCGGUUCCGGAAGGCCUUUGUUUCAAGCGGUUGGAGGGUGAUGAUGUGGUUUGGAUGGAGCGGGAAUUUUCCGAAGUUGAGAUCAAGGAGGCGGUAUGGUCUUGUGAUGGUGAUAAAAGUCCCGGUCCGGAUGGAUAUUCGUUGGAGUUCUUUAAGCUUAAUUGGGAGAUUUUGAAGGAGGAUGUGUUCAAGUGUGUUAGGGAUUUUCAUGAAAAAGGGAAACUUACCAAAGCUUGUACGUCUUCCUUUAUUACUCUUGUCCCUAAAACCAAGAAUCCUCAAUCUUUGAAGGAAUAUUGUCCCAUUUGUUUGGUGGGUAGCUUAUAUAAGAUAUUGGCUAAAUUGUUGGAUAAUAGGCUUAGAAGUGUGGUGGGUAAGGUGGUCUCGAAUAAUCAAACGGCUUUCAUACCGGGUAGAAAUAUUUCGGAUGGUGUGCUUAUCGCCAAUGAGGUGUUAGACUUGGCUAAAAGAGAGAAGCGGAGUUGUAUGGUUUUGAAAGUGGACUUUGAGAAGGCAUAUGAUAGGGUGAGUUGGAACUUCGUUAGAUAUGUUUUUAAAAGGAUGGGGUUUGGGUUGAGAUGGAGGAGAUGGAUGGAAGGUUGUAUUUUCACCAACACUAUGUCUAUUCUUGUUAAUGGGAGCGCCACCAAAGACUUCGUUGUGGAGAAAGGACUUCGACAAGGAGAUCCUUUGUCACCUUUUGUGUUUGUCGUUGUGAUGGAAGUUCUUACGGACCUUAUGAAAAAAGCUAAAGAUUUGGGAGAUUUUCGUGGCUUCAAGAUUAAUGAUUGUAAGGAGGUGGACUUGCUCCAAUUCGCGGAUGAUACUUUGAUCUUUUCCGAGUGUGAUUUGGCCAACCUAUGGAGUCUAAAAGCUAUUUUUAGAGGGUUUGAGAUGAUGUCCGGUAUGAGGAUUAAUUUCCACAAAAGUAAUUUAUAUGGGGUUAAUUCCGGAGAUUGGUUUAUGGAAGCCGCGGCGAGUUUCCUCUCUUGUAAGGUGGGGUUGCUUCCCUUUAAAUUUCUUGGUGUCAAGGUGGGAGAUAGUCCGAGGAAAUUAUCUAUGUGGAGAGACUUUAUUUUGUCGUUCAAGAAGAAAUUAUCGGUGUGGAAAGGUUCCAAUCUUAGUAUGGCGGGGAGGGUUGUUCUCAUUAACUUGGUUAUUAAUGCGUUACCUAUUUAUACGCUAUCCUUUUACAAGGCGCCUAAAAAGGUGUUGAAUGAGGUGUGUUCAAUUCAACGCAAAUUCCUUUGGGGAGGUGGAGAGUUGAAACGUUCUAUUAAUUGGGUUAAUUGGGAUACGGUGUGUAAGUCCCGAAACGAAGGCGGCUUGGGUGUUAAAAAUAUGAAGAUCAUGAAUGUGGCCUUGCUUAGUAAGUGGAAGUGGAGAAUCCUCAAGGAUAAAGAGGCGGUUUGGCGUGAUCUUUUGGAAGCCCGGUAUGGCAAUAUUAAGCUUAAAGUUUUGGUUGGAGAUUCUUCAGUGGUGCAUAAUAACGAUUCUAUUUGGUGGAGGGAUUUAAUCACUUCGGAUAAUUAUGAUAAUCUCCUCUUGGAUAAUUUUUCUAGUGAAGUCCGUGUUUGUGUGGGUAAUGGGGAAUCGACUCCUUUUUGGUAUGCGAAUUGGAUCGGGCAGCAUUCUUUGUUGGCGAGAUAUCCGGUUCUGUUUGCGAGGGCCCAUAAUCACAUCAUAAAUAUUGCAUCUGCAGGUUUUUUUCAUAACAGUGGCUGGAGGUGGGAUGUGAAUAAUAUUUUUCAGGAAGGAGUUUCUGUUUUAUCGCUGGUUGAGAAUUAUAUUGUAGGGGCUGGUUUAGCAGAGAGGGAUGGUGCUGUUCGGGAGCUGCAGCAGGAUGGCAGCAGCGGUGGUCUGCCAGCGGAAGGGGAAGGAUCCGGUUUCGUUGCUGCCAGCAGUGUAGAGCAGCAGUCUCUCUCCGAUUUUGGGGAGCUCUUGCGUACUAUGGCCGUGCUGAAGGAUGUUCCUGAUUCCUUCUCUUGGAGUUUAGCUACGGAUGGUAUUUUUUCGGUUAAAUCAUGCUAUGAUUUUCUAAAAGCUAAAUUGUCGGGACCGGAUUUGAUAGCGGAUAAAGUUCGGGCUCUCUCCCAUCUUUGGAAAGUCAAGGCUCCUUCCAAAGUCCUUUUCUUUUGUUGGAGAUUUAUACAUAAUCGUCUUGCCACUAGAGACCUCUUAGUGAGCCGUGGUAUAUUAAAUGAGGGUAGUGAAUCUAUUUGUGUUCUAUGUAUGAAGGAGGAAGAAUCUCGGAUUCACCUUUUUUUGAACUGUGUUGUUUCUAUUACAGUUUGGCGCCGGGUCUACAUGUGGCUUGGAGUUGGGGAUUUCUUGUCUUUAGAGGAAUUCCAAGAUUUUCUCUAUAAUUGUGACAAGAUUUCUUGUCUUUCUAAGAGGGCUAUUUUGUCGGUGGCUUGGUUAGCGACGAUUUGGACUUUGUGGCUCAAGCGUAAUGCUAUCAUCUUCAAAGAGGAAUCUUUUAGCUUUCUAGAGUGUAUGUCGGAGAUUCUUAUCAUUUCGUGGAAUUGGUUGGGCUCUUUUUAUAAGAAGGCGCCUUUAUGUAAUUAUUUCGGUUGGAAUACCCAACCUCUUUUGUGUUUUACCUUGUAA